CCAGUGCCUAUGUGCUCGGUGGGCAGGAAGCCUCAGGGGACCAAGGUCAGUGCAGCUCUCAUCCCUGCACCCGUCCUACCUCCCUCCAGGUGCGGAGCCCCGCAGCUGAGCACCCUGACAGCUUGGUGUCACAAUGGGUCGUGCAGGAACAGCGGCAAAGGUGGACGCGUGCCCUGCGUGAAGGCUCCAGAGCCAGACAAAAUCAAGCAGGUAACAGCGUUGGUCCGGUGGAAGUAAGGCAAAAGUCAGCUCAUCAUCUGGUAGGAAACAUGGCUUAUUCAUAUGCCUUUCUUGGAGGAUGAGGAUAUGAUGGAGCUCCUAGAGGAAGAUCUCACCUGUCCCAUUUGCUGUAGCCUGUUUGAUGAUCCUCGUGUCCUGCCCUGUUCACACAAUUUCUGCAGAAAGUGUCUGGAAGGAAUCCUUGAAGGAAAUGUGCGGAAUGUGCUUUGGAGGCCAUCCCCUUUCAAGUGCCCCACGUGCAGGAAGGAAACUCCUGUUACUGGAGUCAACAGCUUGCAGGUCAACUAUUCCCUGAAAGGUAUUGUGGAGAAGUAUAACAAAAUCAAAGUGACUCCGAAAAUGCCUGUGUGCAAAGUGCACAGCGGGCAACCCCUCAACAUUUUUUGCCGGACAGACAUGCAGCUGAUCUGUGGGGUUUGUGCCACCCGUGGUGACCACACAAAGCAUGUUUUCUGUUCUAUUGAAGAAGCUUAUUCCCAGGAGAAGCGGGCUUUUGAAACCCUGUUUCAGGGCUUUGAAACUUGGCGUUGUGGAGAUGCCCUCUCGCGGCUGGAUACCUUAGAAACCAGUAAGAGGAAAGCUCUGCAGAUGCUGACCAAAGAUUCUGACAAAGUGAAGGAGUUCUUUGAGAAGCUGCAGCACACGCUGGAGCAGAAACGAAAUGAGAUUCUCUCUGACUUUGAGACCAUGAAGCUUGCAGUCAUGCAGGCCUAUGAUCCAGAAAUCAAUAAACUGAACACAAUUCUGCAAGAACAACGGAUGGCUUUUAACAUCGCAGAGGCCUUCAAAGAUGUGUCUGAACCCAUUAUAUUUCUGCAACAGAUGCAGGAGUUCAGGGAAAAAAUCAAGGUGCUCAAAGAAACCCCUUUACCUUGUUCCAGCGUGGACAUCAGCCCUACAAUGAAGAGCUUUGAUACCAGCCAGUGGAAUGGAAUAAAACUAGUUGAUGUGGACAAACUUUCCUUGCCUCAGGAAAACAACACUCUUAAAUUCAAGAUUCCCUCGGUCUUUUCGCGCAGAUUUAUAGUGACCUCUCUUAUUUGCUUGCUUAUUCUUGCUGUUACCAGAAUGUCCUUUGUGGAGUCAGUCGUUGACAAUCUCCAGUGCUGGAAAUCUCAGUUCUUUACAAUUAGCUUGUCCUAUUUGGCAGAUACAGUGGAGAUAGCAGAUCAUGCAGUCUUUUACUGGGAACAGAUGACAGAUGGAGCUUCACUUCUAAGAGAAAAGUGUAAAAACUAUACAUUGGUGGUACUGGAUAAUGUUGCACAGUUUGUGUGCAAGUAUAAACUGUUGUGAAGUCCCUGCU